AUGGCAGCUCAACACUCCAAUUUGGAGGGCCAAGAUAAAUGGCCUCAGAACACUGAGAGGGUGUCCCAGGACACAGACUCUAUCGAGUCCAUUUCCACAGUAGACACACAGGCCGACCGCGAUGCGCUAGGAAAGACAUUGACAGCUCGCGCCUCGCGAACCUCGCAUAUGUCACUGUCGGAGCGUGUAACGACAAUCGCAACCAAUGCCACCGCUGACCCCGACUACGAGGUCGACUGGGAUGGCGACGAUGACCCUGAGAACCCCAAGAACUGGAAUUUAAAGUAUAAGUCCAUGGGCAUCGUGUUCCUAUCAUGGAAUACUCUCAUUGUCGUGUUGUAUUCAACUUCUUAUACAUCAGGUAUUACAUUAAUGGCCGAGGAAUUCGGCCAAUCCGGGACUAUCGUCACCCUUGGCUUAACCUUCUAUCUGUUCGGUCUUGCCAUCGGGUCCAUGUUCAUGGCCCCGUUGAGCGAGGUCUACGGACGGAAACCUGUCUGUGUAAUAUGUCUUGCCGUGUUCACAGUCCUGAUCAUCCCCUGCGCGCUCGCGAAGUCCGUCACAGCACUGAUCGUCGUUCGGUUUAUCGCUGCUUUCUUUGGCAGUGUUAUGAUCUCUACAGCGCCCGGUAUGGUGGCUGAUUUGGUAGACGAUGAGCACCGCGCUCUGGCGAUCUCUGUUUGGAGUAUCGGGCCACUCAAUGGACCAGUUAUCGGCCCUGUUAUCGGAGGGUUCGUCACUCAAUAUCUUGGCUGGCGCUGGAUGUGCUGGAUCGCGCUCAUUCUCUCCGCUAUCGCGUUGGUCUUUGCUAUCCUCCUCAAGGAAACCUACGCACCAACCAUUCUACAAAAGAAAGCAGCCAGACUCCGCAAGGAGACCGGCGAGUCCCGCUGGUGGAGUCGUUAUGACCAAAAGGCGAGCCUUCCCGAAAUCCUCAAGCUGAACCUCAGCCGGCCAUUUGUAAUGGCGGUCACCGAGCCAAUCUGCAUUUUCUGGAACAUCUACAUCGCAAUCAUCUAUGGCAUCCUGUACCUCUGCUUCGUAGCUUACCCAAUUGUCUUCCGAGAUAUUCGCGGAUGGCAACUGGGCGUGUCUGGGCUCGCCUUCCUGGGUAUCGGGAUUGGCGUCCUCCUCACAAUCGCCUAUCCCGAGACGGGAAAACCAUACCCAGAAGCAAUGGUCGCGUUCGUCUGCAUCUGCGCAACAAUUAUCCCAGUCGGUGAGCUCUGGUUCGCAUGGACAUGCUCUCCAGCCUCGAUUCACUGGAUCGUGCCGACACUCGCGGGUAUUCCGUUCGGCGCGGGAAACACUGGUGUCUUCAUCUAUGCGUCCAACUACCUGACUCACAGCUACGGUAUGUAUGCUGCUUCUGCUUUGGCGGGUAAUUCGGUUAUUCGGAGUAUCCUCGGUGGUGUUCUGCCUCUUGCUGGCUCUUCUAUGUAUGCCAGUCUGGGGCCGAAUUGGGCCGGCACUCUGCUGGGGCUGUUGGAAGUUGUGAUUGUGCCGAUUCCGUUUGUGUUCUAUAAGUAUGGACAUAAGAUUCGUAUGAAGAGUCCCCUCAUUGUGCGCAUGCAGGAGGAGAAGACGAAGCUGGAGGGCAAGCGGGCCAAGAGGCAGCUUCGGCUUCAGCAAGUGAAUCAGGCAGAUGAGAAGAAGGUGGAAUUGGCGGUUUAA